AUAAAAAUCCUGCCUCCUAUCUUCUGCGAAAGAACUCGUAUGCGACCUACUAAUACUGAGUACUAAUAUAGGUAACGAAUCGAUAAAGUGACCCAACAAAUUUAUGACGGCACCAAUGUUUGCUAAACCUCGGGUUUACUACAUUCAAAAGUAUAAACCAAAAUACAAAAAUAUAAUUUUAAACUGUGUAGGAAUUACGGUUAAUGAUAUAAAGCCUGAAGUCAGAAGGUCAGUGGAAACGUAAUAGGUAUUAAUUUGUGUAAGCUCGUUGAAAACGGAACCCUAAAUAUGGAUCAAUUUAUCAUUCCAUAACAAAUUAGUCAAUACGUAUGCCUAAAUAUGAUUAGACAGUAAGUAUAUCAAUGUUUCGUUGCAUUUGUCAAUAUAAUCGUGAACCGCAUAAAUCAACUGGACGACCUUCACCUCCACAUAAAGUAUUUACAUCGCCUCGGGCUUAUUAUUUGUCACCAACUUUACUCUUUGAAGGUAGUAGUUAAGUAUAAAAAGUGUAGCAGGUCAAAAAAGAUCAUAGUCAAGUAUUGAUAUCCAUAUCAAGAAUAACAAAACAAAAAUGGUCGCCAAAUUCGUGAUCGUCCUGUCCCUGGCCGUGGCAUCCUACGCCGUGCCCCUCAUCCCCUAUGCCAAGGUGGCGUACGCCGAGCCCGAGGCGCCAGCUCACUACGAGUUCAACUACUCCGUGCACGACGACCACAGCGGAGACGUGAAGCAGCAGCAGGAGUCUCGCGCCGGAGACGCCGUGCAGGGCUCGUACUCGCUCGUGCAGCCCGACGGUGUCCGCCGCAUCGUGCACUAUACCUCCGACAAGGAACAUGGCUUCAACGCUGAGGUCACCUACGAGGGCACCCCUAUCCAGCAAGCUCCCGCUAAGAUUGCCUACGCCGCUCCCAUUGCCAAGGUCGCCUACGCUGCCCCCAUCGCCAAGGUCGCCUACGCCACUCCCGUCGCCAAGGUUUCCUACGCUCCUGCCGCCGUGUCCUACUCUCACGCCCCAGUCGCCUACGCCGCUCCCGUCGCUAAGGUCGCCUACGCCGCUCCCGUAGCCCACGUGUCCUACGCGUCACCCGCUAUCUCCUACCACCACUAUCUGACAAGAUUUUACUUCGUUUACAUCAUUUUGAAAUCGUACCACCAUUUAACAGAUUUCUCAUUACAGUUCCUCGCUUUUUCCGCCCUGGUGGCAGCUGCCACAGCUGUGGCCCUCCCCGUGGUCCCCUACGCCAAGGUGGCGUACGCCGAGCCCGAGGCGCCAGCUCACUACGAGUUCAACUACUCCGUGCACGACGACCACAGCGGAGACGUGAAGCAGCAGCAGGAGUCUCGCGCCGGAGACGCCGUGCAGGGCUCGUACUCGCUCGUGCAGCCCGACGGUGUCCGCCGCAUCGUACACUACACCUCUGACAAGGAACAUGGUUUCAACGCUGAGGUCACCUACGAAGGCACACCUAUCCAGCAAGCUCCCGCCAAGAUCGCUUACGCCGCCCCUGUCGCCAAGGUCGCCUACGCUGCCCCCGUCACCAAGGUCGCCUACGCCGCUCCCGUCGCAAAAAUCGCCUACGCUGCCCCCGUCGCCAAGCUCGCUUACGCUGCUCCGGUAGCUAAGCUCGCAUAUGCUGCUCCCGUAGCCAAGGUGGCCCUAGCACCAGCACAACUUUCUUACUCCCACGCUCCUGCUGCCGUGUCCUACUCCCACGCCCCAGCUGCCGUGUCUUACUCCCAGGCUCCUGCCGCCAUCUCCUACUCUCACGCUCCAGUCGCCAAGAUCGCGUACGCCGCUGCUCCUGUUGCCAAGGUUGCCUACACCCAAUCUCUUGGCCACGUCACCUUCUCCUCCCCAGCUGUGUCCUACCAUCACUAAGAUGUAAAUACCAUUGUUGUUUAAUUUAUUUAUUGUGUUAAAUAUAAGAUAGUCAAUGCAA